AUUUUUCAUAGUUGAAACUAGGAAAAGUUUCUUGGAAAAGUGUGUGUGUCAAUUUUCAUCCAAGACGCAAAACCCUCUCUUUAAAUUGGAGUCGGUACACAUCACGUUACAAUGCGGAAAUUCGCAGCCGACAAAGCCAGAAAUCUCAUCCUGAGGCCUUCUUCCUGUACCACUACUACUUUCGUGUCGCACUAUCGCUCUUCUGCUCUCGCUUCUUCAACUUCUCAAUCUCAUCUUUCUCGUUUCUUCACAUCUGUUCAUCCAUCUCCUUCUUCUUCCUCUGAUUCAAUGGCUUCCAAUCCUGUCACUCUUGAAACCAUCAACCCAAAGGUCUUGAAAUGCGAAUAUGCUGUCCGUGGUGAAAUUGUCACCCAAGCCCAGAGACUACAACAAGAAUUAAAAGAGAAUCCAGGUUCCCAUUCUUUUGAGGAGAUACUUUACUGCAAUAUUGGAAACCCACAAUCUCUUGGUCAGCUGCCAAUUACUUUCUUCAGAGAGGUUCUUGCUCUCUGUGACCAUCCAGCCAUCUUGGACAGAAGUGAAACACAGGCCUUGUUCAGUUCCGAUGCCAUAGAGCGAGCUUGGCAGAUCCUGGAUCAAAUUCCUGGACGAGCAACUGGUGCAUAUAGUCACAGUCAGGGUGUCAAGGGAUUGCGUGAUGCAAUUGCUGCUGGUAUUGAAGCCCGUGAUGGUUUUCCUGCUGAUCCAAAUGAUAUUUUCUUGACUGAUGGUGCAAGUCCAGCUGUCCAUAUGAUGAUGCAGUUACUUAUAAGGUCGGAGAAGGAUGGAAUCCUUUGUCCCAUUCCUCAGUACCCUCUGUACUCUGCUUCAAUCACCCUCCAUGGUGGCACUCUUGUUCCUUACUAUCUUGAUGAAGCAGCAGGUUGGGGAUUGGAGAUUUCUGAGCUCAAACAGCAAUUGGAAGCUGCCAAGUCCAAGGGCAUCACUGUUAGGGCCUUGGUUGUUAUAAAUCCGGGCAACCCAACAGGACAGGUUGUUGCUGAGGACAACCAGCGGGAAAUCGUUGAAUUCUGCAAGAGAGAAGGUCUUGUUCUUUUGGCAGAUGAGGUAUACCAGGAAAAUGUUUAUGUCCCUGAAAAGAAAUUUCACUCAUUUAAGAAAAUUUCCCGGUCUAUGGGAUACGGUGAGAAGGAUGUCUCCUUGGUGUCUUUUCAGUCAGUCUCUAAAGGUUUUUAUGGGGAGUGUGGAAAAAGAGGAGGUUACAUGGAGAUCACCGGUUUUAGUCCUGAGAUAAGAGAACAAAUCUACAAAUUGGCGUCAGUAAAUCUUUGUUCAAAUCUAUCUGGUCAAAUUCUUUCAAGCCUUGUCAUGAAUCCUCCCAAGGUUGGAGAUGAAUCACACGAGUCCUAUUCUGCAGAGAAAGAUGGAAUCCUCUCAUCCCUAGCGAGGCGCGCUAAGACACUUGAAGGCGCAUUAAAUAGUUUGGAAGGUGUAACAUGCAAUAAAGCAGAAGGAGCAAUGUAUCUUUUUCCGCGUAUUAACCUCCCACAGAAUGCUGUAAAAGCAGCAGAAGCAGCAAAAAUGGCGCCAGAUGCAUUCUAUGCUAGCCGCCUUCUUAAAGCCACUGGAAUUGUUGUGGUUCCUGGGUCUGGCUUUGGGCAGGUCCCUGGAACUUGGCAUUUUAGGUGCACAAUAUUGCCUCAAGAGGAUAAGAUUCCAGCCAUCGUCACUCGUUUGACAGAAUUUCACAAGGGAUUUAUGAAUGAAUUUCGUGACUGAGGAAUCUUGCCAUUCGCAUCAUAUCUGAACACUGCUAAAAGUUUUGAAUAAGCAUAGCCAUUCCAAUUUGUAGGCGUACAAGGUGAGGUGGAGGAUCUCAUUGUGUUGCCUGUAAAAGAUGUUAACUCUCCUCACUCUACUUGAUUUCUUUGAACCUUAGCGCAUGCAAAAUCCAAGGGGUCAGGUUUCUGAUCUUCUUGUUUGGGUGUUCAGUUGAAAUUCUCGUGGGUUAGGCUUCGAAAACUGGUCAGAUUUCUGGCAUUAACAAGGGACAUUGUUUGCAAAAUCUGGUUUCUUACGUUGUCAAGGAUUUUCUUUUGUGGUUAAUCUCAGCCUUGCCAUGCAUAUUCCACUUGGGUUCAAAUUUUAUAUCUUUU